AUGGCGGCGCGGGGGAACUCUCUGCGCGACAAGCAGAUUGGUGUCGGACCUCAGGGCGAUGGGUGUGACAAUGCACAUGUGAGCCCAGUACCCUCGCUCCCUUCCGAGAGUUCAGCCCAUAUCAACUUCCUCUCCUCGAUACCCCGACCCCUACUGGAGGACUUUGCAGCGCAAACAGCCACCGCAGGCACCUCGGAACAAAUUGCGCAAGUUUACGACCAAUACCUCAAUUUCAUCGUCACCGAGCCCGAUCUUUUUAGUCUCGGGAUGCAGAAGGAGCAUACUUACUGGGCAUUGAACAGCGCAAAAACAAAAGAUGAGGAGCUGGACCGUGUUGUAGACCGGAUCGUCAGCGGUCUAUUUAGUGUUGUGGUGACAUCUGGAGUGAUACCCGUUUCACGGUCCGCCCCUUCGGCCGCUGGGACCCCCACAUCAAGACCUGUGCUCAUACUCCUUGACCGCAAUGUUGAUCUGAUACCCAUGCUUUCUCAUUCCUGGACAUACCAAAGUCUUUGUUUUGACAUUUUCAAGUCGGAGUUGAACCGCAUCACCAUCGAGACCCCUAUCGAUUCCAACAACCCAGCAAAAGGAACCUCGAAAAAGACCUAUGACCUCGCCGCCAAUGACUUUUUCUGGGCCAAGAAUGCGUGCUUGCCAUUCCCUCAGGUUGCCGAAGAUAUUGAUGCCGAACUCACCAAGUACAAGGAGGAAGCGGAGGCGAUCACAAAGAAGACGGGCGUCAGCGAUUUUGAGGACCUUCAAAAUGACACAAGUGCCAGCGCGCAGCAUCUGAAGGCGGCUAUUACCCUCCUCCCAGAACUUCGUGAACGGAAGGCGACGCUUGAUAUGCAUAUGAACAUCCUUGCGGCUGUUUUGGGGGAAAUCCAGAACCGCCAGCUGGACAACUACUUCCAGCUAGAGGAGACUGUUAUGAAGCAGACCAAGGCGCAAAUGCUCGAGCUAAUCAAGACGGAGGACAAGGGUCAACCGGGGGAUAAGCUACGUCUAUUUGUUAUCUGGUUCCUCAGCACAGAACAGGAUGUGUCUCGGCAAGAAUGGACGCAAUUCGAGGAGGCGCUGGAGGCAGCCGGGUGCGACAAGACCAGCCUGGCAUACAUCCGGCAGGUCCGGGCAACGACCAAAAUGACACAGCUCACCACCGUCACCAGCCAAGCGGCAGCAAAUCAGCAACAAUCUGGGUCCUCGGAUCUCUUCAACCGCUUCUCAGCCAUCUCGACCCGCCUGACAGACAGACUCAAGGAGACGGGUGUCCCGACUAAUGCGCUGACAUCCAACGUCGCCUCACUCCUCGGUGGAAUCAAGAACUUCCUGCCCGUGGACAAGGACCUCACUGUGACCAAGAUCACUGAAUCGAUCAUGGACCCCUCGGGCGCAAGUUCGUCGGCGAUAGCCAAGACGGAAAAUUACCUCUACUUCGAUCCUCGCAGCGCGAACGCGCGGGGUACGAUGCCUCAGCCAUCGGCGCUGCGGGCGGGAGCGGGAGGGGCUACGGCGCCGGGAGGUCUCCCCGGUUCGGUUCUUGGCGCGCAGACGGCCGGGACGGGAGCCAGCUUCGGUCAACGGAGACAAGGGUUUUCGGAGGCCAUGGUGUUUAUGGUGGGAGGCGGGUCCAUGGAUGAAUAUGGGAACCUGCAGGAAUGGGCCGCUCGUACGGCGGCAGGGGACCGGGUGACGAGGAGGGUCAUUUACGGUGCCAGCGAGCUGGUGAAUGCGGGCCAGUUUAUUAGCGAGGAGCUGGAUAAGCUUGGGAGGGAGAUGUCCUGA